CGGUGGUGGCCGUCCUUUGAAAUUUAGCCGACUUCAUGAAGGAAGUCGACCUCCAAGCUUCAAGAAAACUGAAAGCUCCAAGUUGCGGGACGAAGAAGACAAAGCGAAAGAGACGGGACCAGAUUUCGGGCGGGAAAGGACGUCAAAUUGCAGUGGGAGUCAUCGGAGUUCGUGGUGGUCGACUUCGUUCCAUCAUCGGCAACUAAUCUUCGGACUUCUCAAAUCAAAACGGGGAAGAAGGCACCGUCGACUGUCAACCUCCAUCCCGGAGGACGACCCGAAGGCGGCGUUGUCGAGAAUCGAACUUCAAGGCUUCAACCAC